AUGGCUACGCGCCGGACCUCUGUGAAGAAUCUCCGACGAAUUAGGGCAGACUGGCGUCAAGUCGUGGAAGACUGCACUGCUUACUCCACUACUGAACGCCUUGCCAAGAUCAGAGAGGCUGACAAGUACUCUGAGGAUCAGGUUUUUAUGCUUUCGUAUUGCGCGCAAGUCACAGUAGUUGACUCUAUCCGGAGACAGAUCAAACCUCUGUCAACCAGUGCGAAACAUGAGGAGUACCUCGUUCACGCUCAGCAGGCAAAGCACCCCGAGGCGAUUUACAAUGGCCACACCGCUGACCUCACUGGGCCGAGCAUUGCGAUUUAUCACCCCAUAUUUGCGAUAUUCCAGCGAGCCCUCAGCCAAACUCCUUUACCCGGCGACAUUUCUCGCGAAGACUUGGAUUCUGCGUCCUUAUUCAUCUCAUUGAGCACGCAAUACUAUACCACAGAGCCGGAACGCCAAUAUGCUAUCUCGUCAGUCGUGGAAGCCUUGCUAGGUCCUUCGUUUGUGUUCCGGGAGACUCUCGUUCGUUGUGGAAUCAUUUCCUUCACGCUUGAUGGGAACAGGCGAGCAAACUUUGGCCUCUUCAAACCCGAACUGGAAAAUGGGAUUGGCUUGGGCGAAUCAGACCCAAUAGAACAGGGCGAAACGGCCUAUCUCAGCGUAGCGACUGCACCCGAGCUCGAAAAACUACGCAAUAGGUCCUGCAUGCCUUCCUUCCUUUUAGAAAUCAGCGGCCCGUAUCUGUCUGUCUCUGGGGCCAUCUAUGUUGACGGUGUUAUCACGGAGCGAUUGACCGGCUUCAUUUCUCUCGUGCCUUUGUUAUCAUCUCAAGCACCCCUUGGCCAUGCUUCAGCCCACGACAAACUCACCUACCAAAUUGCUCAUUUUUUCCAAUGUCUCCGAGAAUGUUCAGACCAGCUCGCUGCUGAGUACCUCAAAAUGGACCCGAUGGACAUUGUCGACGAAAGAAUCUUACUCCCCGCGCACCAUUUUUCCCGUAGCGAGCGUACCGUAUUCCUCGCGAAGGCGGAAAGAGCCGGCCAGCCAACGAUAGACUGUAUCGUCAAGUUUGCUUCGGCCUACUGCGCAGACGUCCACAAUAUCGUGCACGAGGCAGGUGCGGCACCGAGGCUCUUGUACUGCGAGUUUGUACCAUCGGUCGGCAAGUUCUGUGUUGUUACCGAGUUUGUCCACGAGCAGGAGGGAGCGCGCCUGACAUCGGCUGGUAUCCAGACGUUGCAGAAUGCUGUGGGCGCUUUGCACGCUCGCUCGCACGUCUUCGGUGACUUGCGCGACGCCAAUAUUCUUGUAGAUGGGCAGGGCAAUCCAAACUUGAUUGAUUUCGAUUGGAGCGGCAUCGAAGGCAAUGUCUUCUAUCUGAUGAAUAUCAACGAGCGCAUCGGCUGGCAACGGCGCAACAAGACUUGCCGCAGAAUAAGGAUGGCCGUUUUGCAAAGAGCACAAGAAGCCUGGGGCUUGGAAUACGGAUGCUCCUCACAGGCGUCCAUUCAGCUCAGCACUGUGUCGGCAUGGGGAUCAAACCCUUCGGAUAUGUACAUCAACUCGCAGUGA